UUGCUAGACCCAAACAAAUAUCAGCACCUUCGCAGUCCCGAAUUUAGUUUGAUUGAAAAUAUAGUGUGAAGGACAUCAGAUUUAAGAAACAUUUUUGAUUAAACGAAUCAAUUAAAUAAAUAUGAAAUUCCAGUAUAAGGAAGAACAUCCUUUCGAAAAGCGAAAGGCUGAAGGAGACAAAAUUCGUCGUAAAUAUCCGGAUCGCGUACCAGUUAUAGUCGAAAAAGCUCCAAAGGCUCGAAUUGGUGAUUUAGAUAAAAAGAAGUAUCUGGUACCAUCCGAUCUUACUGUUGGUCAAUUCUAUUUCUUGAUCCGCAAGCGCAUUCAUCUACGGCCAGAAGAUGCUUUGUUCUUUUUUGUGAAUAAUGUGAUUCCACCGACUUCUGCUACAAUGGGGUCUCUCUACCAGGAACACCACGAAGAAGAUUAUUUCUUAUACAUUGCCUAUUCGGAUGAAAACGUUUAUGGAUCAAAUUAAGACGGAUUACUGACGGAUUGCUGUGUAGAUGUAUUUUUUUCUUUAACAUUCAUUAUUUCAAAUCUACAAUUGUUGGGUCAUUUACAUAAUAUCAAAAAUCGAUUGCACUGUACCGCUGGAAUAUGAUAAGGAUAUAAAUAAAUAGGGGUCAUCACGUAUUCUCGUAUACAAAUACCCAGUCGUAAACUGUGUAUCCUCAAAUUACUCGUCAAUGGAGGUAAGUAUUUUUAUGUCUGGUAUUUUGAUACGCGCUUUACAUGAAUACCCUAAAUAUAUUUAAAACAGUCUCUUAAGUGUAAUAUUCUGAAUUUGUAUAGCUGUUCUAAAAUUAGAUGAAUCAUAAAAUUAAUACGGUUUGUUCGAUCGGUGUGUCGUUUUCAGCAAAGUUGUAAAUAAUAAAGUUGACUUUCCGAAAAAAAAUA